UAAUGAAUGAAAGUUCACUAUUACAGGGCCUAGGAUGCCGACCGAAAGGGAGAAUAGCGAGUUUUUCGCGCGAUUUGUCGUGCCUCUGAUAGUAAGUACCUAGUAAGUUACAUUUAGGCCAAUAGGCAGUGUUCGAAUAAGCCGUUUUGCAGGCUGGAGGAAUUGCGGGUACUACAGUGGACGUAGUACUGUUCCCUCUGGACACGGUAAAGACUAGACUUCAGAGCAAAGUCGGCUUCUGGGCCGCAGGAGGAUUCAGGAGGAUCUAUGCAGGGAUCGGAUCAGCCGCUGCAGGCUCUGCCCCAUCUGCUGCAACGUUCUUCUGUGCAUAUGAGCUCACCAGGUCAUUUCUUGGAGAGCGUCUCCACAAACGACACGCUCCGUUGGUUGACAUGUUGGCUGCUUCAGUUGGUGAAGUGACGAGUUGUUUGGUAAGAGUUCCAUUUGAGGUGAUAAAGCAGCGAGCACAGGCCAACAGAGGGUUUUCAUCGCUCGCCAUAGCCAAACAUACCUGGAGAACUGAGGGAAUGAGGGGAAUGUACAGAGGAUAUUUCUCACUCGUGUUGCGUGAAAUACCGUUCUCAUUCAUCCAGUAUCCUACCUGGGAAUACUGCAAGAGAGUGUGGAGUGUGUCUCAGGGCAGGGCAGUAGAUCCCUGGCAGGGAGCAGUGUGUGGAGCCAUCUCCGGGGGAUUGGCUGCAGCUCUCACCACUCCUCUCGACGUCCUCAAGACCAGGAUCAUGCUAGCUCAGGUGCUC